AUGCUGGACGACGCGGAUAGACUACUCAAUGAGGUUACAUCACACAUUGACUCCAAAUUGGUGGGACUAGAUGAAAAUAUCAGUCGCCUAGAGCAACUUUUUGCCAGAUUUCUGAAAGAUGGACAGGGUGAAUCGAUAGUUAUAGCCGGCCCACGACAGAGUGGUCGCUCCACGGCGAUUGAAAAAGCUCUCAAUAAGACGCCUGGAAACAAAAAGGUUGUUGUGAUGGAUGUUUGGUUAAUGGGUGCUGAGGCGAGGAAAUUAAAUAACUUCCUGGACAGCCAGGCCAGUGAGGAUGAAGAGAACAGCCCCGUAGGUCGAAAAUCGAAAGGCCGAACAGCAAAAACAAAGUCGGCAAUAAACAAAAAUGUCGAGAAGACGAUUAUUGUCGUGAGAGGAGUAGAUGAGUUGGUUGCUCGUUCAAAGCAAGCGCUUCUUUACAGAUUGCUCAAUGCAACUCGAACACAGCCUUGGCUUGUGCUGUUAAUAGUUAAUCGACAGGAUUUUGUUAUGUCGUUAGAAAAAAGAAUACGCUCUCGAAUCUCUUCAAAGAAAAUGCAAUUUGGCAGCAUGACAAAUUUCGAUGUUUAUUUUAGGAGCUGUGGCGAGUUGCUGGGACCACUACUAAAAAGGAAAUCUUGGAAAAUGGAGAAGGUCUUAUCGGAUAAAAAUAUAAAGGCAUUGUUCAAAGGUUUAUUUCAGAUAGAUCCUUCUGUGAUCCGGCUAAAAAGUAUUCUUUCGAUUUGGGUCGAAAACAUUUUAUCGAACCCGGAUUUGAAUGUACAGCAACAGGCAGACUUUUUGGAUAACGCCAUCAAAUUUUCUCUGGAAAUUAAUUCCCGACUACUCCCAAAUAUCCUUGCUUUGUCAACACGAACUCAUGCUUUGAUAUUAUGCAUACUUCGUCGGGCACGCUAUCAAAUGGACGAUGGGCGAAUUAGUUAUUGGCGUAUCAUUACAGAUUAUAAACAAAUGUGUAAAGCGGCGAGCAACGACCGGCUAUCAGUGACAAAUGACGUUGAAUUAUAUAAAGAAUUGGAUCAACUAUGCGAGCUAAGAAUCAUUGAUGUCACGGCAGAAAGGGGUUGUACGAAUCUAGAAUACAAACGUGCCACAUUGAGUUGCUGUCCCAGUGCACUAGAAAAAGAGCUUGAAGCAUGUGACAUCCCAACGGAUAUCAAAAAAUGGGCAGAAGGUCAACCAACUAAU